AGCGGGGCGGGGACCAGGCGGCUCUACCGAGGCCCGGUCGUGCCGCGCCGCAGUCUCCGUUCCUACCCUAGAAAGCCCUAAGCAGACAGGCUAGCGGCGGACCGGGGGCUGGGGGCGGGGAUCCAGGCUCGGAGCGCGGCCGCAACCUCCGCGUUCCGUCUGGGUAUCUAGAAAAACCUCCUGUUACCAGUUCUGCCUUUCGCUUCCCAGACCCCACCCUCUUCCCUCCCCCUAGUUGCACCUUCGGGUCUUCGGGAUCCCGCAGAACCCCCUCACGCUCCCAAUCCUCUGAAACGCCCACAGUCACCUCCUUCUCUGCUCAAUGGCCCAAAGGCUUCUGCGGUCCUGAAACCCAGCCUUUGCAUGCUUCUUGCAGCCCACCUUCUCACAAGGCUUCGUAUACAUUUUCAGAUCUCAUACCUCCAUCUGGUGCCUGUACCCAACCCUACCUACCUCAGACAUAACCUCCCCCAUCCCACCCAAUAUAAUCCCCCUCAAUGGACCAUCCGAUAAUGUGUUUAAUAUUUUAAAGAACAAGUGGGCUGUCAGAAAGAUGUAAUCCCUCUCCCAUCCUGCAUCCAGUAGCUCUUGACCUCACACCCCUUCCCAACUCCCUGUUGAUAGUUUAAACAAACCCCCAUGUUUGGUGGUUUUUUUUUUUUUCCCCCACUACCUACCUUUAGCCUGCGCACACUUCCUUCAGCCUGCUUCCUCCUUCCAAGGAAUAAGCCAGACCAAGAGAGGGGUUCUUUUACCUAAGAGUUGUGAGGGGGACCCCGGGAAGUACUGUUUUCCUGGAAAGGGAAGGUGGGAUUUCAAGGGUUUUCUUCAGAGUCCUGGUUUGUUGAUUCAUCUACCUAGGUAGGCCUCAGAUAAUCUGAAAUUUUGCCUCUUGUUAUAAUUGGACCUUUCUGACCCUAGGAACAGAAAGUCUGUCCCGCUUUCAAAUGUGAAGUGCUUUAUUUAUAACUACUUCUAGAAAUUACCUCAACUAGAACUCCCAUAGUUGAUAGAUGUUUCCUCAAAAAAAAAAAAAAAAAACCCAAAACAACAACAACCCCCAGGGGCACGAAUAGAGAUAGUGGAGGGAGAAUGACACCCCCCCCUCCGCCCCGCACCCGAUAUAUCAUAACAACAAAACAUUCUAAAAUGUUGGUUUCCCAAAUCAUACUGUUAUAUUGUUCUUCUGAGAAAGAAAGCUUUUUAUAGGGAUAAAAUUCUGUGCAAUGGUCAGGUGAUGUAUUUGGGUUUUGGUUUUGGUUUUGGUUGGGGAUUUUUUUGGGGGGGUGGGGGACGGGAAGUUGGGACAGUGUUUUCUGUGUAGCCUUGGCUCUGUGGACCAGGCUAGCCUUGAACUCAGACAUCUUCUGCCUCUGCCCUCUGAGUGUUGGAAUUAAAAUUAUGGGUCACCACCUCACAACUAGGUGAUGUUCUGAGAGGCUUAUAUACCGGGAUUCAGAGGGCGCUCCAUUGAGGGCUGUGAACUGAAGGUACCAGACUCCUCAGAACUCAUUGUCUUUGGUCCUAAGUUCCUUUCAGGGCUGAGAAUCUGUGGCCUUUUUAUCCACAAUCUUCUGACCCACUAGAGCCUAGACCAGAUAAGUUCAGGUGAGCCCCAGGUGUGACCCCCAGGGAUCCAGGUGAAGUCUCUGCAGACACUCUGCCAUGACACCCCACCAAGAACAAGGGGAAUAAAGUGGGACCCUUUCCCAUGCCCCUCCCACGGUCAGCACCCCGAUGGCCUGGGUGAGGGCUGAUAGGCUGCUCUGACACCAUGGGGAGCUGCUGUAGCUGCCUGGACAGAGACAGCGUGCCACACAACCACCCUACCAAGUUCAAGGUGACAAAUGUGGAUGAUGAAGGGGUGGAGUUGGGCUCAGGGGUGAUGGAGCUGACCCAGAGCGAGCUGGUGCUGCACCUGCACCAGCAGGAAGCUGUCCGCUGGCCCUACCUCUGCCUGCGGCGCUAUGGCUACGACUCCAAUCUCUUCUCCUUUGAGAGUGGCCGCCGCUGUCAGACAGGCCAGGGGAUCUUUGCGUUCAAGUGCUCAAGGGCAGAGGAAAUCUUCAACCUGCUGCAGGACCUCAUGCAGUGUAACAGCAUCAAUGUGACAGAAGAGCCGGUCAUCAUCACACGGAACAGCCACCCACAAGAGCUUGACCUCCCUCGAGGCUCCUCCCAGCCCACGGGCUACACAGUCUCCAGCUUCUCCAAUGGCUUCCCUGGCUGCCCUGGAGAAGGCCCACGGUUCUCCUCUGCUCCGCGCCGACCCUCCACAAGCAGUCUGCGACACCCGUCGCCUGGGGAAGAGUCCACCCAGACCCUCAUUGCCUCGGAUGAGCAGUCUCACACCUAUGUCAACACACCAACCGGGGAAGAGGACCGCAGGAGUCGCCACUGCCUGCAGCCACUGCCUGAGGGCAGAGUGCCCUUCCCACCACAGACACAGGUCUCCGACCAGCGGGACCCACAGGUGUUCCUGCAGCCAGGGCAGGUCAAGUUCGUGUUGGGCCCCACGCCUGCUCGACGACAGGUGAUGAAGUGCCAGAGCCUCUGCCCCAGCAUGCAGGACCCUCCCCUCCACAACAACAACAACGAGGGCCCUUCCGAGUGCCCAGCCCAGCCCAAAUGCACCUAUGAGAAUGUCAGUGGAGGUCUGCAGCAAGGGGCUGGCUGGAGACUGAGCCCAGAGGAGCGAGGGUGGAGUGGCCUGGCCCACCGUCGGGCUGCCCUGCUGCACUAUGAAAACCUGCCCCCUCUUCCUCCUGUGUGGGAGAGCCAAGUCCAACAGCUGGGAGGGGAGGCUGGGGAUGAUGGGGACUCCAAGGAUGGGCUUACCCCGUCCUCAAAUGGCUUCCCUGAUGGUGAGGAAGAUGAAACCCCGCUACAGAAGCCCACCAGCACCCGAGCCUCCGCCCGUAGUCACAGCAGCUUCCCGGUCCCUCUGACCCGCCGCCGAGGCUCCCCAAGGGUCUUCAACUUUGAUUUCCGCCGGCCGGGCCCUGAGCCCCCAAGGCAGCUCAACUACAUCCAGGUGGAGCUCAAGGGCUGGGGCACAGCCCAUCCCAAGGGGCCCCAGAACCCCUCGGUAUCUGGAGCUCCUGGGCCCACCCCACACCCUGCUCGAAGCUCAGACUCCUAUGCCGUGAUUGACCUCAAGAAAACGGUGGCCAUGUCCAACCUGCAGAGGGCUCUGCCCCGAGAUGACGGCACUGUCAGGAAGACUCGGCACAACAGCACCGACCUGCCUCUGUAGACCUGGUCCUCCACCUGCCUCUGCCUGCAGCGGGCAGACUCCACCUCACCCACCAGCCCAGGACACACAGCUGCUUUGCAGAAGACACUACCCUGCACUGCUGGGGUCCCCAAAGAUGUCAGCCACCGAGUGUCUGGGGAGAGGGGGGAGAAGAGGGGGAGCAGGAGAGGAUGGAGCCACGGUGUAAACUGUGAAGGGUUCUCAAGGUUGCAUUUCGCACCCUUCCCUAAUGUCUGUCUGUCUAGUCUGUCAGCUGUCCGUGUGUCUGUGCUUUCUGUUUCCUUUUCCUUUCCUUUUUUUUUUUUUUCUUUUUGGUUGGAGUUUUGAGACAUUUUGUACCUGUUGGUUUUAUUUAUCAGUUUAUUUUUCUAUUUAUUGUUUUAAAUGUAACUUAACAUAUUUAUUAUUAAUAUAAUUAUUUUUAAAUUCUG